AUAUCUCCUGUGAGACCCCCGCCUCCCCCAGCACGACUCCCCGGAAGGAAUGAGCAUAUAAAACAGCCGCAUCCCUCACUCACCCUCACACUUGUCACUCGUGUCCUACUACUGCAAGUCUGCAACUAUGAAGGUCCAGGUCUGCACAGCCUUGGUGGUGGUGCUGGCGGCGACGCUGGUGGUGGAAGCCGGCCCACGCAUGCGUCGCAUGGGAUUCUGGUUGAACUUCCUUAAAGAAGUCACCUCUGACGUGUGCGGGGAUGACAUAUGCCUCCCUGAGGGCCGGGAGUGUCUGCAGCAGAUGAAGCGCCAGGACAUCAAUGCGGAGAUGCUUGAGGAGGUCAGAACCAACCUAACUGAGUGUGCCACCGACGUGGACUUCAGCGGUCUCACACUGGAUGACGUCACAUCGGAGGACAACCACCAAGGAUUCAUCACCUUCAUGAGGAAGUUCAGAGUCGGCGACAAAACACAGCAGUACGCCCUUCUCCAGUGUUUCUUGGAGCGCAACGGACAACUCCCCACCCUGCUGUCCUGUCUGGAGGCAACCCAAACCGAGACUGCAUAAACAUCCCAAUCAUGUGGAAGAUGCAAGAUUAACCGCAACUACAUAAAGGAUUACGAGUUGGUAUCGAUACUCUCUCUCUCUCUCUCUCUCUCUCUCUCUCUCUCUCUCUCUCUCUCUCUCUCUCUCUCUCUCUCUCUCUCUCUCUCUCUCUCUAUUUUACCUACUCGUCAAUGUAUCGUUACCUGUUUUUAUUUUCACUUCACAUUACCUACCCUAACCGAUCAACCUAAUUAACUACCUAACUAAAUGUAACUUCACGAAUCCCUUCUCUCUCGCACCCUCAAUUCCCUCCAGUCCUUCCAACACUCUGUAAGCCAUCGGUAUUAGUAUCAAAGUGCCCUGUCAUCUAAACUGCAGUAGAUUGACAAUAUAAGAAACGAAGUGUUGUGCAGAUUAAAGAGAAAGAAAAAAGAACAACGAAGAUGAGAACACGAACAAAUAAUAAGAAACAAGAACAACAACUAUGAAAAAAUUGGAGAAAAAGAAAAGAUAAUUCACCAUCAACUUAAUAUCUGUUUGCUAUUUUUUUUUUAUCUUUCGCUUGUAACUUUUCAGCAAAUAAACCUGGACUGUUUAAAAA